GCUGCUCUGGCUGCGCCCACUCCUGCGCUCUGUACUCCCGCAGCCGGUGGGCUACGCAGCCCCAGGGCGGCCGCGGCCCUCCAUCUCCAGUCCGGAGAGGGGCGGCCCGGCCCGUGGGGCUCAUCUCGGGUCGCUCCCCUCUCCCACCCGCGGUUCCCUGCGUAGCUAGCUCCAGCACCUAACUUUGCCACCUUGCCCUUCGUCCCUGCUGGGCGCAAAUCUGCCCACCCGCUGGCUGGUCGCGCGUCCAGGGACUGUGCGCCUAUCAGCGGAGUCGAGCUCCCAUCCCGGAGCGCUGCUGCUAGGGGCGACUCCGGGGAAGUGGCCGGGGUAACAGCGGCUGCUGCCUCGACUUCCCUAGCCAGCUGCAGAGGAGGAUCCUCGGAGCUGCUUGGGCUCCUAGCCGCUGAAUGACUGCCACGGGGAGCGUGCCCCGCACCUGCAUUGGUGUGUGAGAACCGGGCUGGAGAGCCCACGCGGCUGAGGAGUCUAAGCGAGAUUCAUGACUGAGGAAACGCAGCCUCUGCCUCAUCUCUCCUUGGCACUUCCCACACAUGAAGGGAAGACACGCUUCUGUUUAGAAGACAAGCACCCAGAGGCAGAGCCCCUCACCCACCAUGAGGGGGACCUGUGUCAUCGCCUGGCUUUUCUCAAGUUUGGGGUUGUGGAGACUCGCCCACCCAGAAGCACAGGGUGCAGCUCAGUGCCAGAGAGCUGAGCACCCUGUCAUUUCCUACAAAGAAAUUGGCCCCUGGUUACGGGAGUUCCGAGCGGAGGACGCUGUGGACUUCUCGCAGUUAACAUUUGACCCCGGACAGAAAGAACUUGUUGUAGGAGCAAGAAACUACCUCUUCAGAUUACAGCUGGAGGAUCUGUCUCUUAUCCAGGCUGUGGAGUGGGAGUGUGAUGAAGCCACCAAGAAGGCCUGUUACAGCAAAGGCAAAUCCAAGGAGGAAUGCCAGAACUACGUCCGGGUGCUUUUGGUGGGUGGUGACCGGCUAUUCACCUGUGGGACCAACGCUUUCACACCUGUCUGCACCAACCGCUCGCUGAGCAACCUGACCGAGGUCCAUGAUCAGAUCAGUGGCAUGGCCCGCUGUCCCUACAGCCCUCAGCACAACUCCACAGCCCUGCUCACGGCCGGCGGGGAGCUCUACGCUGCGACGGCCAUGGAUUUCCCAGGCCGCGACCCUGCCAUUUACCGGAGUCUGGGCAUCUUACCCCCUCUCCGCACGGCGCAGUACAACUCCAAAUGGCUCAACGAACCAAACUUCGUUUCCUCUUACGACAUCGGAAAUUUUACCUACUUCUUUUUCCGAGAAAAUGCUGUGGAGCAUGACUGCGGGAAAACCGUGUUCUCCAGAGCUGCCCGGGUCUGCAAGAACGACAUCGGCGGGCGGUUCCUGCUGGAGGACACCUGGACCACGUUCAUGAAGGCGCGCCUGAACUGCUCUCGCCCUGGCGAGGUCCCGUUUUACUACAACGAACUGCAGAGCACUUUCUUCCUGCCCGAGCUGGAUCUCCUCUAUGGCAUCUUUACCACCAACGUGAACAGCAUCGCUGCAUCGGCCGUGUGCGUCUUCAAACUGAGUGCCAUCUCGCAGGCCUUCGCCGGGCCCUUCAAGUACCAGGAGAACUCGCGCUCCGCCUGGCUGCCCUACCCCAACCCCAACCCCAACUUCCAGUGUGGCACCGUGGACCAGGGCCUGUAUGUCAACUUGACGGAGAGGAACCUGCAGGAUGCUCAGAAGUUCAUUCUGAUGCAUGAAGUGGUGCAGCCAGUGACCACUGUGCCCGCCUUCAUGGAGGACAACAGCCGCUUCUCCCACGUGGCUGUCGACGUGGUGCAGGGGCGCGACACGCUUGUCCACAUUAUCUAUUUGGCCACAGACUAUGGCACCAUUAAGAAGGUGCGAGCACCCCUGAAUCAGACCUCAGGCAGCUGUUUGCUAGAAGAAAUUGAACUGUUUCCAGAUGGGCAGAGGGAGCCGGUCAGGAGCCUGCAGAUCCUCCACAGCCAGAGCGUCCUGUUCGUGGGCCUGCGGGGGCACGUGGCCAAGAUCCCCCUGAAGAGGUGCCAGUUCCACCGCACACGCAGCGCCUGCAUUGGGGCCCAGGACCCUUACUGCGGCUGGGACCUGGUGAGGAAGACGUGCUCGAGUUUGGAGGACAGCCUGAGCAUGACGCAGUGGGAGCAGAGCAUCGCUGUAUGUCCGACCAGGAAUCUCACUGUGGAUGGACGCUUUGGUGCAUGGUCUCCAUGGACGCCCUGCACGCACACAGAUGGCAGUGCUGUAGGAUCUUGCCUCUGCCGAACCCGCUCCUGUGACAGCCCGGCCCCACAGUGUGGCGGCUGGCAGUGCGAGGGCCCCAGCGUGGAGAUCGCCAACUGCUCCAGGAAUGGAGGCUGGACCCCCUGGACGUCCUGGUCCCCCUGCAGCACCACCUGCGGGAUCGGCUUCCAGGUGCGCCAGCGCUCCUGCAGCAACCCCACGCCCAGGCACGGGGGCCGCGUGUGCGUGGGGCAAAAUCGCGAGGAGAGAUACUGCAAUGAGCAUUUGCUUUGUCCGCCACACGUGUUCUGGACAGGCUGGGGUCCUUGGGAGCGGUGCACAGCGCAGUGUGGGGGUGGCAUUCAAGCUCGCCGCAGGACCUGCGAGAACGGGCCCGACUGUGCAGGCUGCAACGUGGAGUACCAGCCCUGUAACACCAACCCGUGCCCUGAGCUGAAGAAGACCACACCCUGGACACCCUGGACUCCUGUGAACAUCUCUGACAACGGUGGGCACUAUGAGCAGAGGUUCCGAUACACGUGCAGAGCCCGCCUGCCCGAUCCAAAUUUGCUGGACGUGGGAAGACAGAGGAUAGAAAUGCGCUACUGUUCCAGCGACGGGACCAGCGGCUGCUCCACGGACGGGCUUUCUGGAGAUUUCCUGCGUGCUGGGAGGUACUCAGCCCACACCGUCAACGGGGCUUGGUCGGCCUGGACGUCAUGGUCUCAGUGCAGCCGGGACUGCAGCCGGGGCAUUCGGAACCGGAAGCGCGUCUGCAACAACCCGGAACCCAAGUACGGGGGCAUGCCCUGCUUGGGGCCGUCCCUAGAAUACCAGGAAUGUAAUAUUUUGCCAUGCCCAGUGGAUGGUGUGUGGUCUUGCUGGUCGCCCUGGUCAAAAUGCUCGGCAACCUGUGGCGGUGGACACUACAUGAGGACGCGCUCCUGCACCAAUCCAGCCCCAGCCUAUGGAGGGGACAUCUGCCUGGGGCUGCACACGGAGGAGGCGCUCUGCAACACCCAGCCCUGCCCAGAGAGCUGGUCGGAGUGGUCAGACUGGGCCGAGUGCGAUGCGUCCGGCACCCAGACCCGUGCCCGCCAGUGUAUCCUCCUGUUCCCCGUGGGCAACCUGUGUUCUGGCAACAGCACAGAGAGCCGGCCGUGUGUUUUCGACUCUAAUUUCAUCCCAGAAGUUUCUGUGGCAAGAUCCAGUAGCAUAGAAGAGAAAAGGUGUGGAGAGUUCAACAUGUUCCACAUGAUCGCCGUGGGGCUGAGCAGCUCCAUCCUCGGCUGCCUCCUCACCCUGCUGGUCUAUACCUACUGCCAGCGGUACCAGCAGCAGUCCCACGAUGCCACCGUCAUCCACCCCGUGUCACCUGCCCCUCUCAACACCAGCAUCACUAACCACAUCAACAAACUGGACAAGUAUGAGUCGGUGGAGGCCAUCAAGGCAUUUAACAAAAACAACUUGAUCCUAGAGGAAAGAAACAAAUACUUCAACCCACAUCUCACCGGAAAGACCUAUUCCAAUGCCUACUUUACAGAUCUCAAUAAUUAUGAUGAGUACUAAUAGGUCUUAGAUUUUUGGCUUCUUGUAAAUCCCCAGUUCCUGAAGGCCUGAGCUCCAUGACUGCCCAUGUUUUUGAGGCUUCAGAGAUGAAGUUUGGACACACGUCAAGAACAUUUCAAGCCACAAGUGUCCCACUGCUGCCAGAAAAGUACAUGUCCUUAAAAGCAACAAAACUCUGGAUAUGACAUGGUGAAAAUCUGCUUUAUGACACUUGGUCAUUGUUGAAUGAGCCAUGAUGGGAAAUUUUUAAUUGUGUUCAGCCCAUUUCUCUAACAGGUUCAUGUUUUGGUUUUUUUUUUUUUUUUUUUUUUUUUGAGCUUUAUUUUGUAAAUGUGCCACCCAAGUUUGAAGGAGUCUUUAGAUAUAUGAAUGUCUUCUUGCUUUUGAGCAUAAAUCUUCAUGAUGUUUUAAUUCAAGAAAAUAGGCACUUUAUCUGAGAGUCCUCCCCCACCCAAGGAGUGCUUAAGUCCAUCAUAUUUGAUAAAAUGAAGAAAAUGAAUGUGGCCAAACAAUUAUUCAUCCUCAAUCUCCUCCCCAAUAGGGAUAAUACUGUGGAUUCUUGGAAACCAUCUUUGUUUGGAAGUGGAAUGACUCUUGCCUGGGGAAGCCCAGGGACCCCACCUGCCUGCACCUGCAGAGGUGGCGGUUGGUCACAGUGAGGCUCCACCGUGGUCCUGACGCCCUUGCUAUGUUGUCACUGGUGGAGGGAGUGCACAGAGCAGAGCCACAGACAUGGGGAAGCUGCAAAACCAGCCUGAUGCUGACUGUUGCAUUUCAUGGCAUUCCAGGGAGCUCCUGGCCAUGCUGUUGGCCUGGAAGCCACCUGGCCUGGUCCACUGUAAAGUCCUGAAGAGCCAGUCUGUAAAUAACCACCUGUUUAGCUUUUGGAUUGACGGCACGUCUCUCCCUGCGAAGAAAAGUUUUGAAGAUUUAUGAUGCCAAUUGGGGAAAGUAUUGGAAGUGUUGAACUAUAACUGAAAACAUUUUAUAUUCCGUGUUAUGGAAAGCAGUGGAAGAACUGACAUUAAUGAAAAUCAAUUUGUUAUUGUCUGUCUCCCUGGUAUAACCAAUGUGUAGCCAUCAGCCCCCACCGAGAGCAUUAACGAUGUGUGAAGCUGGCUCUCUGCAGCCCACUGUCAUCUGUGUGGGUCCCUGAGCAGUGCUAUUGCUAAGCCUGCUGUCACCUGCAGGGUGCUCAGCUCUGGUGCCUUCCCUUCUGCCCACCCGCCUGGUGCACCCAGCCCUACUUCUCCCUCCAUAGAAGCAGAGGUAUUUUAAGAUCAGAAGUCAGGGUAGCUGGAAGUAAGGUUUUAUUGAACACCGUUGUCUCAACAUUGAUCACUGAUAAGCAUUUCAGAGUGUUAUAACUCCAUUCAUAGAGGACUCCAGGAAAUAAAUAAGUUUCUCACUAACAACCAAUUGAUAACAUAUGGCAGUUGGCUGAAUAUUGAGAGUAAGCACAGGACUGAGGAUGCUCAUCUAGUGCCUGCGCGCAUCGUGGUAAAGGCCUGGGAAGAUGAGGAAACAUGUUCUUAUUGAAAAAUGAACCUUCAGAUAUGUCAAAAAUCUAUAGUAAGGGUGUUAAAGAGCACAGUAUUUUAUUAGCAUAUAUGUUUUUACUCUUUCCAAUUUAAAGAAACAAUUUCGGAAAGUGUUGGAAAAUCCUUAUGUUUAAGAAGGAAUAUUAUUGAUAUCAAAAUAUUCUCCUAAUAACCUGAAUGGGCAGCAAUGACUCUGUAUUUAUAAUUAGAAUUAAAGUGGUAGGAGAGCUCUGGAAGGGCUGUUAGAUUGUGCAUGGAUGACGUCCAGGCCUUCUGCAGGGACUUUGUAUCAUGUCUCAAGCAUCUCUCCUGUGCGGUGUGAGGGUCCUCUGUGUACAGAUGGACACUCAGAGGCCCACCCAGUAGGUGAAAUUUAGCUAGACAGGUUCCUAAUCGUUCCUGGGUUUUCCUUGGAUACUUCAAAGCAUCUCAUCACUCUCCUGUAAGGAGAACCAUCCUCACCGGGUAGCUCAUUUAACCGGUAUUUUAAUCCACACCCCCAUCACCCAGUAUCUUCUAAGCUUAAAAGGAGAUUUUAUCUGUCUGGGAAAGAGGAUGCUGAUUUUUCAAGAAUGUGUCACUGGAUUGAUGAAAAAUGCUUUCUAAAUGACAUCCACGCUGAUCUUUCAUCAAUCCUACGCAAUCACUGUGGGAAACACCCUCCCCCCACCACAGAAAUUUCAUGUUGCUGAUUAUAUAGACCUUCAAGAUUAGCACUGCAAAAAUCCCCUAAUUUUUGUUCCCUCACACUAUCACUCUACCCCAAGGAAAAUUCUUUUUCUCUCUCUCUCUUUUUCUUUCUCUCUCUCCAAUAGAAGAAUGAUGGGCUCAGAUCUGUGAACCAUGAUGUUGGCAUCAUCUGUAAAUGACUUUGGGUAGUGAGGACAUUUCGACAGUGCUGAUUCUCCCCAUCCACAAGCAUGAUAAGUGUUUCCAUUUGUUUGCGUCAUCUGCGAUUUCUCUCCCUGGUGGUUUGUAGUUCUCCUUGUGGAGAUCUGUCCCUUCCUUGGUUAAGUAUCUUCCUAAGUAUUUUAUUUUCUUUGUAGCUCUUGUGAAUGGCAUUGAGCCUUCAGUUUGGUUUAGAAUAUCUUUAGCUGUGUUCGGAUUAUUUUAACCUGCGGUGGGAUGGCUCUUGCUGCCCCUCGCUGCGUGGCGUAGCUUGUGCCUGCGGGCCUCCCACACCAGGCCUCUGCUCGCUACGCAGCCCUCGCCCGCUGGGUUUGUGCCACAGUAUCUGCUGCCUCUGCUGAGCCCCCCUCGCAGGCAGCGCUUCCUGGGGCUGUGCAGUUUGGGGUCCUGCUAAAUGAAACCUUGUGGGUCGUAUUCUAAAUUCCCGCAUGACUUUUCUUAUCUUUUUUUAAUUUUCCUUGCUUUCCUCCUUCCUUCUUCCUUCUGUCCUUCUUUGUUUAAGGCACACCUAUAGGAAUAUGAAGUAAAAAGACAUUAGUUACCAUUUAAUUCCUGCAGUUCUCUCUGGCUGCACUUGAGGUCUGGCUGAUUUCAUCAGGAAGCUGGCUUUUAGUUGUACGUUUAAAUUCUUUGCAGGAGACACCGGUGCUGCUAGGAUCCCUUCUCUAGAUUAGACUAAUCACUAUCUAUUUUCAGUUCUAAAAGGCUGGGACCUUUGACAGGAGGAAGAUCAGAAGUUACACAUGUGGCUUUCCCAUGGUUUGAAGGACAAGUGGUUUUGAUGAAACUGGGGGCUGUGUCCUCUCUGAAUGGUGUGGACUCUGUGACUUCCAAGGAGCUCUGGGGCAGCCUCAGCUGCAUGGGAGGGUCACAGUCCCCAGACACCUGGGCAUGUCCUCCAGAACCCUCCACUUCACCCUGAACUUAUGUCUAUGCUGUUGCCCCUGUGACUUCCAUGAGGCAUCUGAAUGUCCCUGCUCCUGCAGAGAUGUUCAUGUGAGUCAGCUCAGGUCAGUUCUGACUAGAAUUAGCAUCCACAUUGGGGUCCUACAGAGAACCCUGGUGCAUGUGGAGAGGUGGGCUGGGAUUCUAAAGGAAAUUAACAGGAAGUGACGUGAGGAUAUCCCUGCCAUGGAGAAACACCUGUCCCUAGGGAGGGUCAGCUGUGGGUGGACCGGGAGUCUGGCCCCACUGACCCAUGAGUGGUGCCAAAAAGAAAAGAAGCAAUUUGGGGAACAGGUGGGAGUGGGUGAUGUGAAGUGGGGUUCUGGUCACCCCAACACUGAGUCUUGUAAGGUGGUCCCCAGGGGGAUCAUAACCCACAUGCCGAGAUGUGUGGCUCUGGGUCUUGGACUCCUCCAGGACCAACUGCCCAGAGUGCCAGAUUUUUAGCCAAGUAUCCCUUUAUUUCCUUAUUUAUCUGCAAAAGGUAGAAAACCGUGGGAUUCAAAGCCUAUUUCACUGCCUGUCUCCACUGGAGUCUUUGGUAGAGUGAGAGGGGCAUGCCGUCCGAGUUAUGGACAGAGUGUCAGCAAGGGGUCUCUGUGUCUCCAAGAUGUCAUCUGAGGGUGUAGAUUAGAGUGUACUUGAAUGUCCAGGGAAACUUCAGAUUGUAAGUGUAAUUUUUAUCAUAUUUAGACUUGAUACAAGUGUAUCAGUUCUGUGUUCAGCUGAUCACCUUUUCUAAACAGACCCUUCAUCGUGUUUGAUUGAAAAAUAUCCCUAUGCUUCUCUAUAGUAAUUUUUUGUUGUUUUUAGAGUAAGUCAGAAAUGUUUUCCCAACACUGUCAAACUACUUCCUUAUCAACCCUCCCCCCCAGGCCAUCAACUUCCUUUAGCCUCAGAGCGUCCUGUGUGCUUUUGGUGGCAUUUUCUUGUGUGGGACAUUUUGUGUUAAGAGUAAUGCCAAUGAAUUCAGCAUUUCUGUCUCUAAAGAUGGCUCUGCAGCACCUAACCACAGGCAGAGGCCCCGGUGGUUGCUGUAAUGCACUGUGCCUGCAUCAACGCAGCCCUUUCCCACCUGGUGACAGGAGUGUGCCUGAGUCCCGCAGCUCUGAUAGUCAAUUCCCAUGAAGGCAUUAAUGACCAAUGGCAGAUGCUCUGUCAUUCUCUCUGAUGUGGUACAAACUGCAGUUCACAGAUGGUGUUGGCCAUGCCCAGCCAUCCAUACGCCCUAACCUCUGGCUCACUCCAUGGUGCCCCUGCCUACCUGUUAUGGGAGAUGAGAAGCCUUCCUGAGCCCCCAGCUUCUUUGGACAAUGGAGGUGAAAUGGGAGAACAUGGAGUUAUAUUCACUUUGUACUAAGAAAUGCACAAAAGGGAAUGCCUUGCAUACCGUGUAUUUUACUUGUAAAAUAAAAUAACUGGAGGGGACCAUUGUGGAAUUUGAUUCUGCUAUUCUUUCCUAUUGAGGUCAUUGAUAAUAAUUGAUUUAAAGACGUUUUACAACUUCCAAAAUACUGAGCCAGUGCAUUCAGGUUAUCUAUAUUGAUAACCUGAUAAAAGGAAAUGCAUUGCUUUCAUUUUGCUUCUUUUCUGUCUUGGAAUCUGAAAGGUAGUGAAUGAGAUGUCACAUUGGACUAAUUGGUGGGGAUUUCUAAACUGGCCCCCAGACCCCAUUUUUAUGGACUUAAGAUGCAUGUCACAUACUGUUUAGCAGAUGAAUCAAUGUUUUACUCAACGGUCACCUCUUGUUUUAUCAGAAAUUUGGUACCUAUCACAGAAGCAUCAGGAAUGACCUCUUCUCCUUUGAAAAUAAAGUUUACCCUGCAAGUGACUCCUGCAGCCCCCAAAAUCAAUCUUAGAGCCAGGCAAAAAGUGCACAGUUCCUAGUGAAUGCCGUCUCAAAACACAGUCCUUCUUGAGAGAUUGCUUUAGUUCUGCCAUAGAUGGCAAUCACUCGUAUUACUGGCAAUUGAGGCAAUAUCAAUUCUCAUUCACACAGACGUCUUUAACGCAUCCUACGAUGGGUGUCACUGUUCAGGGAGCUUUCAGACAUGGGAGGAGAAAGGCAGAUGUAGAAAGUCACUCUAUGGCAUUUCUUUAACUGAAAUUACAGGCAGGCAAGAACAUUUAUCCCACCUCUUCCUGUUUAGUCAGAAAUCUAGGGCCAGUCGUUCAAAUGUGAUCCUAUUUUUUUUCAGCUUUUUGGCAAUUUGAUGCCAGAUGGUCCAAAUGGUGGAUAAACGGCAGUAGGGAUACAAUGGUUCAAAUGUUAGAUAAAUAUACGCCAGGUGCAGAGUCUGGGAAACUUUCCAGAAUCCCGGAAAAGCAAAGCAAUUUUAUAUUAUAUUGGUAAAAAGAGAGUGUGGUUAGUUGCCCUCUAUGUAAGUGCAGAUAGUUUAAUUUCCUAGAAGAAGUUGCUAGUGCCUUGUUUAAGAUGAUGAUUUAUUAUUUUACCUGAAUAUUAACGGUUCCAAUUGGACUCAGAAGAUUGGUCAGAUGUACGUUACAGAAAAUCAUUCUUAUAUGCCUCUUUGAACUCAGGAAUAUGAAAUGACCAAGAAGCACAUCAUGUUCCGAUGUGAUUUUUGCCCUACUGGGGAUGUGGCACCAGAACAGGUGCAAUGGUGUGUUCAGAAUAGAGAUGAACCCAGUCUUGGCCUUCCAGAAACCAACAUCACCUAAUAUUUACAUCUUCCAAAGAACAGCUUAGUGUCUGUUCCAUAAUAAGAAUGUCGAUGUGAUCCCAAUAGAAGUCAGAAGCCUUUGUUUCUCUUUAGGCAGGUCCGUGCAUAUAGAAAAGUCAGAUACAGCUGAGAGCUGGCGCAAAUACGGUACAUAUGGACGGAGAGCUGCCUAGAACACACCUAUUAUUAUUAUUAUUAUUAUUAUUUUUAAUCAACAUGAAAACUACUUCACAAGUUCACAAGAUUUGUAACUCUUAAUUUGUAUUAAGAAAGUUAACAGUAUUUCUCUGCUAAUAGUGAUUAAUUUUCCCUUAUAUCGUGACUGUUGGCCUGAAUCAAGCAGGGACUUCUGCACAUUGAAAGAAAGCACAGUAUGAACCUUGAAGGCCAACACCCAGAUCCACGCCUGAAUCCAUGCCCUAUGCAAAGAAAAUGCACAGACUUGGUCCGAUGUAAAAUUCAUAGAAAAUGCGUAAGAAAACUUGUGUUAUGACACUUGAUGUGACUUGACUUUCAAAGCUAUUAAGAAAUGUUAAAUGCCUCAUUCUGUAUUAAUUUGCUGGUUCCUGUUUUGUGAUACAAAAUAAACAUUUUUGAGAUUUCUUUCACUUUUUUUCAUGAACCUUUUCCAAAGCCAACUUCGGCCCUUGGUAAACUUGCAGUUACAAAUCUUAAAAUUAAUUUUUAAUAAGAAUUACAAAUCAUAAUGGAGCUUCUUAAAGAACGCGAUAGCUUUACAUUUCCCCCUCACAUGAAUGAGGAAAUGGAUUUUUGGAUGCUUUGUUGGGAGGGCUGUGGAUUGCUGGGUAUUUUCUUCUGGGGCCAUAGGGUGCACCAUACUUUCCAUCCUUACAUUUGGUUGUCAGAUUUUCUUUGCAAGCAUCUUAUUAGAUAUAUGUGGUAGAAAUUUCCAAUCACCACUUCUUUCGUCUUUUCUGCCCCUCAAAUCUCUGGUCUCAAAUGCUCCCUGAGAGCUGUCUAGCUCUAUAUCUCUGAUUGUUGCUGCUGACAAUGAGCAGAUACCUGGUUUUCAGAAAUCAGUUAGAGACACCAGUUGCAGCCACCCGCUGAGGGAGCUCAGUCCCUGCUGCACUGGGUCACUGAUGGGAGUCAGAGAAGGAAGGGGUGGGCAGAGGUUACAUAACCAGUGAGUGGGACUUGACUCGCACCUGUUCUGAGCCUCAGUGCUAGGACAGCAAACAUGUUUAUAAGAUAAAAUUAGCUAUUUCUACAGAAGCAAAAGUGCUGUGCUCACAGCUCUUGGUGCAUUGCCAAUUUCUUUAUCUCAAUCUUCUUCAUCUUUUUUAAAGCAAUUCAUGAAGGAUGAUCCUGAGUGCGGCUAAGAGCGCACCAGUCCCCCUUUCACGGCAACCCUCUCCUUUCCAUUUCUAUUCACCAACAUUUGGGGGUGGGGACAAACUAAGGGAAUCCUAAUUAUGUACAGUAUAAAUUGUAUUAUAUAUUUUGUACUUAUGUUUUAUGUAAAUAGUUUGUCUCAUUCAAUUGUAUGUGAGCAUUGAAAUAAAUCCUACCAUUUAGG